UUAAUGAAAAAUUUAUUAAUUUAUGGUGUUAUGUGUGAAAAGUCACGUAGACAAAUAUUUCAUUCAUACUUUCUUCUUACAAAGAAGCAAAUUGCGCAUGUUUUAUUUUAUAACUUUCAAUAAAACCUUUUUUGAGGUUAACUCCAAAAAUAAAAGAAUAUUCAAAUCUUGAUCAUUAGCCAAGGCUAUAUCAAAUUUUAAAACCAUGUGUUAAAACCUUCGCACAAUGAGUGAAGAAAGUGGAACAAUUGUGGUGCGUGCAAAACCUCAACGUAAAAUCAUUAAAGCUCCCGUAAAGUUUAUUACAAAAAUUCCCGAUGAAUUAUUAAAUGAUGAAAAAUUAAAAAAAGCCAUUAGUGCUUUACCACAAAAUUAUAAUUUUGAAAUACCGAAAACGAUAUGGCGUAUACGACAAACUGGUGCGAAACGUGUUGCACUUCAAAUGCCCGAAGGUUUAUUAAUGUUUUCCACAACGAUAGCUGAUAUUAUUGAAGAUUUCACUGAAGCUGAAACGAUAAUUAUGGGUGAUGUAACAUAUGGAGCUUGUUGUGUCGAUGACUACACGGCGAAAGCUUUGGAAGUAGAUCUUCUGGUACAUUAUGGACACAGUUGUUUAAUUCCAAUUGAUCAAACUGCAGGGAUUAAAGUGUUGUACAUUUUUGUGGAUAUCAAAAUUGAUCCGUUACAUUUUAUUGAAACGAUUAAGUUAAAUUUUGUGACCGCGAAACGUUUGUGUUUAGUUAGUACGAUCCAAUUUGUUGUGACUUUACAGUCCGUGGCAAAUGAGUUAAGACAAUUAGGCUAUGAUGUAAAAGUGCCUCAAAUUAAACCGUUAUCUCCAGGUGAAAUUUUAGGUUGUACGGCCCCCGUAGUUAAUUGUACAGACAUUUUAAUUUAUUUGGGUGAUGGUAGAUUUCAUUUAGAGGCUGCAAUGAUUGCAAAUCCAAAAUUAGAGGCAUACCGUUAUGAUCCUUACUCGAAAGUGUUUUCACGUGAGGAAUACGAUCAUAGUUCAAUGCGAAAAGUUCGUUCGAAUGCAAUUGAACAAGCAAAAAGUGCAAAGACGUUUGGAUUAAUUUUAGGAACAUUAGGUCGACAGGGUAGUUCGAAAGUUAUGGAAAAUUUAGCACAAAGGUUAAUAGAUUUAAAUAAGAAAUAUGUAACAAUUUUACUGUCGGAAAUAUUCCCUAGUAAAUUGGAUUUAUUGGAGGAUGUGGAUGCAUUUAUUCAAAUUGCAUGUCCACGAUUAUCAAUUGAUUGGGGUUUGGCAUUUAAGAAACCAUUGCUAACACCCUAUGAAGCGGCUGUAGUCUUAGGUGAUGCUGAAUGGAAAGCGAAUCCGGAUGAUAUUGAUGGAACACGAUAUCCGAUGGAUUUUUAUGCUAAUGCUAGUCUUGGUCCUUGGACUCCAAAUCAUAAACCUGAACCAAAAGUGGAAGUUGAAAAUAAGGAUAAAUUAUGCUGUGGGAACUGUAAGAAAUAAGAGAAAAAUGUGGCUAACUUCAAAUCAUAAACCUGAACCAAAAGUGGAAGUUUGCGAAAAGAAAAAAAGGCUGCAAAAAAUGCUGUAGAAUCUGGUUUUUAGUUUAAUAAUUUAUGGAAUUUGUAUUUU